AUGUUGCGUCCACAGCAAAGCAGAUGCCAUAUCUUUAACAAAGAUAUAGGCUACUGCUCAUCAACACAACCAUUUCUUGUUUUGGAAAAUCUAUUUACUCAUCGAACAUACAGAAAAUUGUCGCUGGGGCCCACAUUCCAGUGGGGGCUGGCUGCGUCCGACGUGGGCUCCCCCGGAGCCCCGGAGCAAUUUACGAAUGGUGUACCGUACCGCAGGGGCAUUUCCGUCCAGCGGCCCGCAAAAAGCCGCAGCGUGCGAGCUCGACUGGGCGGCGGACGGACGGCCUCUUCCCAUCCCCGCAAAGAAAACAAACACCGCAGCGCACUCACUGCCAGCCGCGGCCUCGCUCCACUGCCCACUUGUUGCAAACCUCGCGCUACUCCCCAGCUCAGACGGCGUGGCGCCCGAGAGUGUGCCACCGCUCCGCACCCCCACCCCCGCAUUGUUUCAAAAUCCGCAGGCCGGUCCCCGGAGGCGGCGCGGCGGUGGGUCGCCGGCGGGCAGGGGCGUCUCUGGUCGCCGGAGGCCCGGAUGCACCGCCACCUCAAGCGCCUCAACAAGCCGGCCGUCAAGAGCAUCGAGAGCCCUGACGGGGACAUCAUAGACUGCGUGCACAUCUCGCACCAGCCGGCCUUCGACCACCCGUUCCUCAAGAACCACACCAUCCAGAUGAGGCCGAGCUAUCACCCGGAGGGCCUGUACGACGAGUCCAAGGCCAAUGUGGCCUCCUCCGGCGACGGCGAGCGGCCGAUGGUUCAGCUCUGGCACCGCAACGGCAGGUGCGCACCGGGCACCGUCCCGGUCCGGAGGACCAAGAAGGACGACCUGAUGCGCGCGAGCUCGAUGCGGCGCUACGGCAGGAAGCACAAGCCCACGGUGGCGAACCCGAUGUCGGUCGAUCUCGCCAUGCUCAACGAGGGCGGCCAUCAACACGCGAUAUCAUACGUUCAGGGCGAGAAGUACUACGGCGCCAAGGCGACGAUCAACGUGUGGGAGCCCAAGAUCGAGCAGCCCAACGAGUUCAGCCUGUCCCAGCUGUGGAUCUUGGGGGGCUCCUUCGGCGAGGACCUCAACAGCAUCGAGGCUGGCUGGCAGGUUAGCCCGGACCUCUAUGGGGACAACAAUACAAGACUGUUCACCUACUGGACUAGUGAUGCGUACCAGGCAACAGGGUGCUACAACAUGCUGUGCUCAGGGUUCGUCCAGAUCAACAACGAGGUGGCCAUGGGGGCCAGCAUCUUCCCCAUCUCGGGCUACUCCGGCUCGCAGUACGACAUCAGCAUACUCAUCUGGAAGGAUCCGAAGGAGGGUCACUGGUGGAUGCAGUUUGGCAAGGAGUACGUGCUGGGUUACUGGCCGUCGUUCCUGUUCUCGUACCUGGCGGACAGCGCGUCGAUGAUCGAGUGGGGCGGGGAGGUGGUGAACUCGCAGGCGGAGGGGGUGCACACGUCGACGCAGAUGGGCAGCGGGCACUUCCCGGAGGAGGGGUUCGGCAAGGCGAGCUACUUCAAGAACAUCCAGGUGGUGGACAGCACCAACAACCUCAAGGCGCCCCAUGGCAUGGGCACCUUCACGGAGCAGUCCAACUGCUACGACGUGCAGAACGGCAACAACGCCGACUGGGGCUCCUACUUCUACUACGGCGGCCCCGGCCGGAGCGCCAACUGCCAGUGA